GCUUCAGCCGAACAGACGCAACUUCGGACUGCGCUUCGGGCUUUUCAUUUCCCCCAAACUCCAACUGAUCCAACUCCGAACUUCGCUUGCUGCGCUGCGCUGCGCAGUCGAUUAAAACGAGGCAAGGCAGCUAAUAAAAAGUGCUAAUUGUGUUGUUUAAAAAAAAAAUGUGAAUAAAUGUGUAAGCGACUAGAAAAACAGCAAUACAGCAACAACAACGACAACGACGACGACAAUAUAAAAGAUAUUUUCUUUUUUUUUUGUGUUUGUGAAAUCGCAUUUGCAUUUCUCCGCCAACAAUACAAUAAAGAUACCUUCCUCAUUUUUCGCCCCGCUUAGCAGAUUAAAUUGGUUCAAUCGAGUGUGUGUUUGAGUGUGUGACUCGCUAUCAGUCGGGAGAGAAGUGAAGGUAGCCCGAAUUUCAAUGAUCAAUAUUUUAAAUGCAAAUAUUAGAAAUCUAUCCGUUAAAUCGUCGCGUUCAUCGCAGCAAACGGUAGAGAAGAAGCGGCCGCGACCUCAAACCCAAAUAAAACAAAAUUAUAAAUAGAAGCAGCAUAAUUCUUGAAUGAACCCGAAUUGGUGAGCGGGCAAUGUUUGACAGUCGCCAAUCGAAGACAUCAUAAUGGGCAACCGCAUCGCACACAGAUCCUCAGCUGAGGCUGGAGCUGAGCAUGAAGAUGGCCAGUUUAACACGCGUCGGCGUUAUCAGCAGCACAAGCGAGAGUUCCGUCUGCAGGAUGAGUAUCGCUCCAAGACGCUGCCAGCGCGUUAUCCGCAGAACAACGAGGAACAAACUCCUGAGCGUUUGGGCUCCAGCAGCUGCUUGGGCUCUGGUUCGCAAUCGAAUUCCAGCCCUGGUGCUGGGAAUGGCGAGACAUCACGUAUGCUGUUUCUGCUCUACUUAAUACACCGCACCUGGAACGUCGUGAUGGACACGAUGGACACACGCACAAAGAGUCGCUCUAGACGCGAAGCAUCCCAGAUGCAGACACCGCAGAAAGUUACACCAGCGGAUACGCAUCAUAGACGACGAGCCCUUCCCACGCCAGACGAGGAAUGCUCCAUUGGCAUCACCGACAUCGAUGCCUCCUCUUACUGCUCUCAGUACUCUUGCUGCAGCUGCAGCUAUUGCUAUGAUGAGGCCAUUGAAUCACGAACUCAUGCCUACAGCUCCAUUGCGGAUGAUUACUCGCUGGACUCCAUUUACCAGCCCAGCAAAUCCAUAUGCGACAGUGACAGCUCGACGCUGCAGCGACACCAUCAGCAGCCGCAGCAGCAGCAGCAGCACCGCAAGUUCGACAUGGCACCCAGCGUGUGCGAGAUUGCCUCGCCCAAAUUGCCGUCGCACAAAGAGACCUCUGGUGGUCAGGCCUCAUCGCAGGCCUCCCCGCCAGCGCCAGCUCUCUCCAGCGUCUCGGGCACCAACAAAUGCGGCACCAGCAGCUUGAAUGGCUCGUUGGCCUCCUACAAAAUGGCCGGCUCCGAGCAGAGCUGGCCACAGGCGCCCGUCUAUAGCAAAGAGAACCAGCGACCGCCGGUCUAUAAUCCCGAGGACUAUGUGCAGUCGUUGAGGAAGUUCACCAAGGGCAGCGGCACAGCCAAAGUGCAGUCCAUCUACGAUGUCAACAUCAAUGGAGGCGGAAAUAUUAAGGAGGCCGACUACAAAGCUGCCACGCUGCCAGCCAAGCACUCGGGCUACAAAAGUCCCAUACCGGCGCCACCGGAGAGUGACAGCGAGAUGUCACUGCGUCAGUUUGGCUCUAUUACCGAUCUGCUGACCAAGCUGCGUGCCGAUCUGCGCGUCUCCUUUCCCAGCUUCGUGCAGGAAUUUGUGGCCACACCCUCGGAUGGCAUUAGUCACCUGCUUGAGGUGCUGCGCGCCAUACAAAUGGCCCAAGCAAGCAAUGCACCUGCUCCACUCGCUGGAGGCACCAACUCCCUGGCCAUGUCACGCAAUCCACAGAGCUAUCAGCGUCGUGCGCUGCUCGACGAGCUCUCCUGCUUACAAUGCCUGAGCAUUUGCUGUUCCCGAUCUCUGGAUGCCAUAGCCCGCUUAGGCAACACACCCGUCGGUCUAAUGCCGCUCGCUUCCUCCGCUACCGGACAGGGUAUUAGAGGACGCAUUCUGGCACUGCAGUUGCUGGCUUCAGCUUGCGAUCGACAGCCCUUUGGCCAGGGUAAUGGCGGGCAAAAGAUUAGCGCCGCCGGACACACCGCUGUCUCGGAGGCGAUGUCUACGCUGCGUUUACGAUGCAGUGAACCCGUGCGGUUUCGUCUACUUAUUGGCAUUUUGAAUAGCGGCGGCGGCUCCGGCGAACUGCAAUGCGCGGGAAUCAAAUUUCUCAACACUUUCAUUGAGAGUGCCGUGAGUUUGCAGCAGCGUCUCUAUAUCCAAGCAGAGCUUUGCCAAGCGGGCCUGGAGACUAGCACGCUGGCGCGUACCAUCUCCUCAUCGUCACCCUGGCUGGAUGCGUUGCGCAGCGAGCUGAAACGUUUCAACGAGCUGCACAUUGAUGUGGACAAAAUGCUGGCGCAGGCACGAGAUGCAGAUCGUGUACGCAGUCAAAUGGUUAUACUCGAGCGUCGUGUGCAAAUACUGCACGAGGAGAAGACAGUGCUCACAUCGAUGGAGCGACGCCUGCAAGAGCGCUGUGCCGAGCUGCAACGUGAGAUCUUUCGGCUGCAGGGCGCUCAAGAGUCCAACUUUAAGCCGGUCGAGGCGCAUCAACCAGUUGCAUUGCCGCGCCAAGUGCCUCCCACAACAAAAAUUCCCGGAGGUAGCAAGCAGAUCUGCUCGGAACACGAGGAUGAGGGCAUUAGCAGCUCGGAGACGGGUGCUUCGUUGAGUCCAGUGCCCAUUCUCGUGCUGCCCUCAAAGUCGAAGCAUCACAAACAAUCACGCAAAUCACAGAUGAAAAUCAACGAUGAUGAUGACGAUGAUGCGGCGACCAUAGAAGAUGUCAUCGAGGAGCUGGACAAUAUUGUGAGCGAGGCAGAGAAACAGAUCUCCAACCAGGCGAAGGCAAGCUCCGGUAAAGACAAACAUCAGCGUGCCGCUGUGGAGCAGGAACAAGACAUUGUUCCCGUCAACAUUGUGCCACAACCGCCACGCAAGUCCCGAUCUCUGGCCCAUCUUGUACCACGCACCGAUUGCUCCGAGCAGGAGGGCUCUCAAUAUGGUCUGAUGAUGCCUGGCGAUUCAGCUGCAGUCGAACGUUUGGCUGCCAUGCAGACCUUCUUCGAUGAAGUGGACUAUGAUGCCAAUGAUGCUGAACAGCAUCAGUCCUAUGUCAUGGAUGUGCCCGAAACGGAGGCGAAUACCACAGCGACCGCCUACAAUGCGAGCAUCAAUCGUGAGCUGCUCGAUGUCAUCAUGAACGCGCGGCACGACGAGCACGAUCCCACAAUGCUCGCUCUGAGGAAUAGCACAGCUCAGCAAACGGUGCAGGUGGAGCGACAAGUCUCCGUUUCCAACAGCAAGCCAGCAGCUCCAGCGCCACCGGCACAGCACUUUAACGGUGUCUUCUUUAUGACGGGCAUGAACACACCUCAGAAGUAUCCCAAACCGGAUCUCACUGCCGCUCUGCAAGCACGUCGCGUGACCAAGAAUGUGGAACGUCUCGAGGCGGCCUUCGCCUCCACGCACGAUCCCACACAGGACUCUCCGGGCAUGGUUAGGGAGAAGUCGCGCAGCAAUCAGCAGAUCUACUUCAGCAGCAAUCCAGCCAUGCGAAUGCACGACUAUCCUGCCGCCAAUCAACACUCGGCCAAUGUCUCCUCACGCACGCGAUCCUACACCCAAGGCUCCAAGGUCACGGAUCUACCCUCUGGGCUUUACUAGACGUCCAUAGAUCAGAUACUCCAGCUCCUGUGCAAUACAAAAGCAAUUCUAACUAUAAGCAUCCAUUUCCAUUCAUCAUAUGCAAAACUUUAACGAGUAUUUCUUAGCUUAGAUUCGGUGGCAGCUUCAAAUCGGGUCCCUAACUCUUAAGUCAGUCGGUACUAGUUGACCUAGGCUAAUCAUUUCUACACCUAAUUAUUACUUCAUAUUUAUACAGAUUUUAUUUAAACAUUUACGAAUAAAUCUUUAAAUUUACAAUACAAAACAAAUCAUCGCAUUAUCCUUAAUUAUAAAAAGACGGCAAUCUUCAAUUUCAAACUAAGAUAUUUAUUUGAAGUUCAGGGAAAACAGUUUAGAAGCAGCUGUCGAUUGAGGGCAGGUAACCAUCACAGUACUUCCAGGUGGACCAGGCAGACCAGCCCUGCUGGCCAAGGAUCUUCUGAGCGCAACGGACAGAGUUGGUGAUGUCAUCGGUCAACAGAGCGUUGCAGCUGAGGGCGCACUCGUUGUAGGAGAAGCGACCGUUGGCAGGCUGGCACCAGUAGUAGUUGUUGAUCUGGAAGAUACCGUAGUCGUUGGAGCCGUUGUAGUUCUCAGGGCCCACAACACCGGUGCGGUAGGAGCUCUCGUGCUCAGCAAUGCAGGUCCAGCGAGCGAGUUGGUCACGAGGAACACCCAAGUCGGACAUCUCACGAGCCAGGGAGCAACGGUCCAUGGUGCGACCGAAAGCGGGGGCGGCCAAAGCCAGAGCAACCAAAA